AAUAAUAAUAAUAAUAAUAAUAAAGUGUCCUAUUUAUGGUAACAGUACAUAUAAAUCCCACAACGUAUGCGCGCUAGGUUACAUUCAGUUGAAGCAACGCUACCAGUCCUCCGUCGUCACUAGUUUGAAUGACAGCGAGGUUUGUGUACUGCUCAGUGACCCGGAUGAAGUUCGAACAUGAAUAACAAAUCGGGUGCACGGAAAGUUCGGAAUGUGGAUAUCAACCCGUGCAUUGAGGAGAGCGAUGGUUCCCAAAAAUGUUUGGACGCAUAUAACUAUGAUAAGAGCAUGUGUUCUGCAUACUUCAUGAGGUAUACAAACUGCAGGAAGUACUGGCAUGCCGUGAUGCUGCAGCGUCGGCGUGACGGAGUGAAGCCGGAUAUGCCGACCGCUGAGGAGCGAGAGCAGGUCAUCACAGGUCUCGGAGGGAAGCCGUACUGAUGACAGUGUUCAGGGCAACUCCUCACGGAUGCACAUUAUGAAUGCAUCCGUCUGGCUUUAAGGAUUUAUUGAACUGCAGUGGAGUUCUGUGACUGUAACCACUAAUGCUGUGCAUGUAUAAUAUCACUGAUGACGGGCUGUUAAAGCCUUAUUAAAGACAAAUGCACAAGUACUAUUUUGAAAUGAACAUAUAGUGUGUUUGAAUGAUAUGCAUCUGACAGUCCUGUUAUAGCAAUAGUGUCUAACAUAGUGUCUGUAAAUAUCGUAAAUGCCUGAAUAACAUAAAGUCCCUGAAACAAACAUUGAAUGUUCAGCGCUCGUGCCUUGGACUCAGAGGGCUCCCGGCAUUACUCAAAAAUGAUGACAUUUCUGUAUAAUCGUGCAUAAAUAUCAAAAUAGGAUUAUGAAAUUGUAGAAGGGAGGAGAAAAUGGUUCUUGCGUCUCUUGUUGAAGUCGUUGGUCAUUUUGAUGCAAAUUUGUCACUUUGUAGAAGCAAGUCUCCAAAAGCUUUGUGUCCUAUGCAGUUCAUAAUAUUAAUACAUUUUAAGGUUUGAUUUAAAGAACAUUUUUGUUUACUUUUGUUUGAUAAACAAUUCAUUUUGGUGCUGUGUUGGGUC